CUGCGGUAGCUAAAAUAAACCCUGACGUUUUUCAGUGGUCUGUACCCAUAGACUGUACCGGACCAGCCAGUACCGGACUUCAUAGUCCGGUACUGGCUGUGUGAACCUGACUGCGUUAUGAGUGGAUCCGACAUCGUGGUGGUCACAGGUUUUGGACCUUUUCGACAGUUCCUGGUGAACCCCAGCUGGACAGCAGCCCAGGGCUUGAAGUUGGUCGGACUGGGAGAAGGGACUGAUGUUUACAUCAAGGAGGUGCCAGUGAGUUAUGUGAAGACCCAGCAAAUCAUUGCUGAGAUUUGGCAAACUCUUCACCCAAAGUUUGCUGUACAUCUGGGCGUAGCCAGAGCUUCUAGUGUCAUCAUUCUGGAGCAAACAGGAAAGAACAGCGGCUACAGAGACAAAGACGUGUGCGGCUUCUGCCCUGAGAGUCACUGCUGUGUGGAGGGAGGACCAGACAAACUGGACUCGGUCGUUAAUAUGAGGGCUGUCGCCAAAGAGCUCCAACAAGCAGGGGCGGAUGUUGUUUAUUCAAGAGAUGCUGGCAGGUACCUGUGUGACUUUGCAUAUUACUGCUCACUGUAUUAUGGUCAGAGGAGAGCAGCAUUUAUCCAUGUGCCCUCAUCUGGCAGCCUGACCUCAGGUGACAGACUGGUACCACUGCUGCAGAGCCUCAUUCUCGCCAUGCUGGACCAGCUGGAGGACUCUUCAGAAACCACGUGAUGAGAACAUGAGCGAGAGGUCUCUUUGCAGUCUACAACAGCCUCUGCAGCUGGGUGCCAGCUCCGCUCUGCACAGAGGAAUUAUGGGUAGAGCUUUUCUUAAGCACGCGCCUUGCUUCAUACUCUAAAGCAGCAGUCAGGGGAGGGGGGGUGGCUUGGGCUUGUUUUUCAGCAGCGCAGCAAGUGUCUUAAAGUUGACGUUAAGAUGUCCAAACCCAGGAAGCGAAGACCUCCCGUGGAACGACGUGUAAUGCUUGGUGCUCCGGGGUAACCUGACGGCGAAGUCCUGCCUGCUGAAAACUCUUUCCCCACCAUCUGUUGCUGCGCACGGGGCUUGAUGCAAAUUUAGAAAACAAACACUGCAGUAAAUCAUGACAUGUUGUCAGCAUCCUGCCAAUCACAGCAAACAUAGACACAUGCUAUUGCCAUUAAGCUUAACGGACUUACAUUUGACCUGUCACCAGUGACGUUAUUAACACAUGUACAGCUCACAGUGGUACAUGAGCUGUACAUGUAUGUCCUACAGCUGGCAUGAAAGAGCUCCUCUCGGUCGGGCAACAUCUAUUUCACUUUUUAUUUGUCUAUUGCCACCAAUUUUUAUAUAAUGUUUGUUUACCUGCAUUUAGUACAUUCAAGUCCAUUUUAACAAACUAAAUGUGCUGUAUACAUAAAGUUUACUGACUGAUCUUUAAAGGUUCAGUGUGUGGGACUGAAGGGGAUAUGUGUCAUCAGAUAUAUCAUACAAUGUUAUGUUUUUUCGUAGUGUGUAAUCACCUGAAAUUGAGUAUUGUCAUGUUUUUGUUAACUCAGAAUGAGCCAUUUAUACCUACAUAGGGAGUGGGUCCUUGUCCAUGGAGUCGGCCAUGUUUGUACAGUAGCCCAGAAUGGACAAACCAAACACUGGCUCUAGAUAGGGCCCUCUGCCUUUUCACAUUGACCACUGUAAUUAGCAGCCCCUCUACCACAAGCCGAACAAAAGCAUCAGAACAGCUGCUUUAUUCAGUGUUUUUACCGGUUUAAAUCUCUGCGUCUGUUUGUUUCAGACAGGAAGAGAACUCUGCGGACAAUUUCCAGUUAAAACAUCCUGAAUGUCUGGAUCUUAAGUUAGCAGAGAAAAAAAUUAAGCACACAUUAGCAGGUGCUGGGCUAGCCUGUACCGUUUGUUUUGGAGAGGAGGAGACCUCUGCGGAUAAUAUGGCUCCCAGUAAAAAAAAUCACCUAAACAAUGAACACUAAAGAAAUCCUAAAGGGGAUUUAUACUUUUGUGGCAGACCCUACGCCGUAGCCUACGCACGUGGCCUACGCCGUUGUGAGCAUUUAUACUUGUACAGUGGUGUGUCUGUGUCACUCUGCAGUCACACCUCCAAAACACUAGUCGACGGCGGGGUUUCUUUGAAGUGCUGAAUAGUAUAGUUGAUUCAAAACACACAUUAAACAUGGCUUAAUAGCAACAGUUUCAAACAUUACACAAAUCAACUUCUUCAUAACUAGCAGCAUUCACAGACAAAGCACUUGUCUUUUCCUGGACACAUUUCGCACACAAAUACAACAUACUAAUGUUUUUAGCACAACAUUUUACAUUGUAUAAAUUAGCCUAGUAGCUAGCGGACUUUUCCUCCACUCAUAUGAAGGCAGGGACAACAGCAACAUUUAACAAAGGUAACAUUACAAAAUUUGGCUCCAUUACAGCUUGCAAGGUUCACCGACAAAACAACUGCUUUAUACUAAACACGUUUUCCAAACAGAUGUAACAUGCUAACGUUAUUGGCACAAGCCUAUGGCAGUUAAUACUUGGCACAUGGGAGAAGUUUCAGUUGGUUGCAAUCUGCAAUCCUCACCACUAGAUGCCACUAAAUCCUACGCACUGCUCCUUUAACUUGAAAACAACCUUUGGGUGACCAAAAUGGCUGCCUCAGUCCUGUGCUCUCUAAUACUUGUUUUCUUUAUUUGAUCUGUUUAAGCUGUGUGCGUCUGUAUCUGUAUCGCACUGUAAAUGUGUCUCCUGCACUGUCUUUAAUUACAGAUAGAGCUCAUGUAAACUGGAGUCAGACCCGCCCUCGUAUGUGUGUCUGACUCUGUACUUUUGUGUCACAUCAAUAACUGCUGAGCAUUACAAAUAUGUGGUGUGAUAGUGCAAAAACAGAGUUUUCAAAAUGAAAUCAGGCAGCAGUCAGGUUUUUAUUAAAUAAUCCGCACUAGUCUAGACAUGGCCAAAAUGUAACCAGACUAAAAAAAUGGACAGAAAGAACCUUGAAUCACUCAGAUAAAAUCAGAAACAGACACAGGCCAAGUGCAGAACAGUCUUCAGACAUCUAUGGUAAAUGUUUAAUAAACUCGAACGGGAAUCUCUGGCAACUAAACUGCACACAUGCAACAUCCCCAGUGUGGUGAAACCUUGAUGUAUAAUAGCACUGCUAGUGAUACUGCACAUUCCGCAAUAAAUCAUGUUGUUUAAUAUAA